UUCCCUUCUUUCUACAACUUUUCAGCCAGUGAAUGGUAGAAUUUCCAGGGAGUGAGAAUGGAGGCAUGGGGGUUUUGUAGAGCCUGGGACGGGUGUGUUUUACAAUUCAAGGCCCCUAAGAUGGAUUUCUUGAGGAAGUGCCUUUGUGUGGGCACCACACCCAGCUGGACAGCCCAGCCUCCUUCAGGCAUGGUCAUUCCUCUCCACUUGCCCGUGGCCCCUUCAUCCUGGAAGUCACCUUGCCAGCCCAUGUGGUUCCCUGCUGUUUCUCCAACCCAGCGUCUCCUCUCCCCUAGGUUCCCACUGCGGCCCCACCAGCCACUGCAAGGGCUGCCUCACUGUUCUCCAAGCCUGCACUGUCCCCCUCUGCACAGCCUCCUUCCACACCUUUCCAAACUAAAAUUUGCCAGUGACUUCUGUGGUAGGCAGCUUGGGACACACACAUACGCGGGCGCGCGCGCACACACACACACACACACACUCAGACUAAAUUCUUUUUCUUCCUAUCUUGGCUCGCUAACCAGCAUUCAAUGCCUGGAAGCCUCCCUUCCUUCUCCCUUGGUAACCCCCACUCAGCCUUUAGAACUGUCACCUCCUCCAGGAAACUAUCCCCUGGCUCUUCCUCCCAGGCUGGGUCACAGCCCAGAACGCGCCUGUGCAUACAUAGCUUAUUCAGGGUCCUUGCCACAUCUUUUAAUGAUCUGUUUAGGCGUCUCCCUCUCCUCUGAACGGGGAGUUCCAGGUAAGGUCUGUUGCUGAGUCUCUCUGAAUCCCUCACGCCCUGCGCACGGCCCUGAUCAAGGCAGGGGCCUUGGGGCGCGGGCCAACGACAGGGCCAAGCGGCGCUCCCGGGCUCGCGGAAGCGGCCCCUUGCACUAGGCUCUGCCAGGCGCGCCCGGACCGAGCUUCCGCGGAAUCCCGGUCCGGGAAGGCUCAGCUGUCUUCCUGAAAUCUUGGGUGUGCCACGUGGAGCCCAGUCUGGAACUUGUUGGGGGGGGGGCGGUGCAGGGUGGCUACGCGUCAGGCCUGCCACUUCCACCCAGGCUGGAGCCCAAACAGCUUAACGCUACAUCUGGUGGUGGCUGGCCUGAGGCGUUCCCGGAGCGGUGGAGAGAGCCCCGCUCUGCGCUGGCCGCGAGGAGCCGGCUCUUUGCCCUGGGCUCGCGCGUAAAGGCUCCGUGCAGAGUCGGAGUCUGAGCACACCAGCCGCUUAAAAGGCUCCUCACGUCCAGGCGCCGCGGUCACGGAUGCGCCGGUUUCCGGCCAUGAAUUGGGCUUCAGAGUGCGAGCCGCCUGCCCGACUCCCGGCUGAGCCCAGGGCCGCGGGGUGGGGGAUGGGCGCCCGCCAAUGUCGGUGGGGCCAGCUAGGGUUGGAGCCUGCGGCCGUGGCUCUGCUCCGCGACGUUUGGCAGCGGCGGGUCCCCUUUGGCUCCCGUUGCGUCUCGGUGCCUGCUCCGCGACGUUUGGCCGCGGCGGGUCCCCUUUGGCUCCCCUUGCGUCUCGGUGCCUGGCUCAGUGCCCCGCCCGGUCUCUCUCCUGGCUACCCCUGGCCUGGCUCCGCGAGGGGCUCUCUGCCCAGGGCGGGGGUCAUGGCCCAAGACGCAAGGCGGCUGAGGUCGGCGGGCGCCAGGGGGGCCCGGGAACCCUCGAGGGCAGUCGGAGGCCGACCCUUCUCCAUCCUCUGGUCCCUGGCACGGGGGGCACGAGGCCCAGGGCCGCCAAGUCUCUGCGCGCCGCAGCCCCGGCCGGUCCCCAUCGCCCGGCUGGCCUCCGAGCGUCCCUCGGGCUGUAAGCGCUGAGCACCCGGCGCCCCCUCCGAGCCGCGAGCGGGAGAGCGCCGCGCUGCGAGGCAGAGGCUCCGCAGUCACGUGGUCGAGAGGAGGGCGGAGGGGAGGGAGGCGGGCAGGGAGGGGAGGGGAGCGGAGUCGAGGGGGAGGGGGAGGGGAGGGGGCGUCCUCCGCAGUUCGGCUCCUCGCCGGGGCUCAGACACACAGCGAGCCCGGAGCCGCCGUGCCGGCCCGGCUGCCGCCGCCACCGCCUCCGCCGCCUCCGAAGCCUCCCGAGCCGCGGGGAGCGCCGCCGCCGCCGCCGCCGCGGGCCGCCCCCGCCGCGCCGGCUUGGGCUCGGGCCGCCAGCGCCGCCGCAGCCACCAGCGGAGCCGGAGCGGGAGCCCGACCGCGCUGGGCUGGGCUGGACUGGGGCGGGCGCAGGGCGCAGGGCGCAGGGGCGGGCGCGCGGGGAAAGACGCACGGGCGGGCUUGGCUCCCGGGGAGCGGCCCGGGACUGCACCCGGACCGGCGCCUCCCCGCUCCGCGCUGCCCUCGGCCUCGCCCCGGGCCCGGGCGGAUGAGCCACGCGCCCGGGGGACAUGGAAGCGCUGACGCUGUGGCUUCUCCCCUGGAUAUGCCAGUGCGUGUCGGUGCGGGCCGACUCCAUCAUCCACAUCGGUGCCAUCUUCGAGGAGAACGCGGCCAAGGACGACAGGGUGUUCCAGCUGGCUGUAUCAGACCUGAGCCUCAACGAUGACAUCCUGCAGAGCGAGAAGAUCACCUACUCCAUCAAGGUCAUCGAGGCCAACAAUCCUUUCCAGGCUGUGCAGGAAGCCUGUGACCUCAUGACCCAGGGGAUCUUGGCCUUGGUCACAUCCACCGGUUGUGCGUCUGCCAACGCCCUGCAGUCCCUCACAGACGCGAUGCACAUCCCACACCUCUUUGUCCAGCGCAACCCAGGGGGCUCUCCGCGUACCGCCUGCCAUUUGAACCCCAGCCCUGACGGCGAGGCCUACACGCUGGCCUCCAGACCUCCUGUGCGCCUCAAUGAUGUCAUGCUCAGGCUGGUGACAGAGCUGCGCUGGCAGAAGUUCGUCAUGUUCUACGACAGCGAGUAUGAUAUCCGUGGGCUCCAAAGCUUUCUGGACCAGGCCUCGCGGCUGGGCCUUGAUGUCUCUUUACAAAAGGUGGACAAGAACGUCAGCCACGUGUUCACCAGCCUCUUCACCACGAUGAAGACAGAGGAGCUGAACCGCUACCGGGACACACUGCGCCGCGCCAUCCUGCUGCUGAGCCCGCUGGGGGCACACUCCUUCAUCAACGAGGCCGUGGAGACCAACCUGGCUUCCAAGGACAGCCACUGGGUCUUUGUGAAUGAGGAAAUCAGUGACCCAGAGAUUCUGGAUCUGGUCCACAGCGCCCUUGGCAGGAUGACCGUGGUCCGGCAGAUCUUCCCAUCUGCAAAGGACAACCAGAAAUGCAUGAGGAACAACCACCGCAUCUCUUCCCUGCUCUGCGACCCCCAGGAAGGCUACCUCCAAAUGCUGCAGAUCUCUAACCUCUACCUGUACGACAGUGUCCUGAUGUUGGCCAACGCCUUCCACAGGAAGCUGGAGGACCGGAAGUGGCACAGCAUGGCAAGCCUCAACUGCAUCCGCAAGUCCACCAAGCCGUGGAAUGGAGGGAGGUCCAUGCUGGACACGAUCAAAAAGGGCCACAUCACUGGUCUCACAGGGGUGAUGGAGUUUCGGGAAGACAGAUCGAACCCCUACGUGCAGUUUGAAAUCCUGGGCACGACCUACAGCGAGACCUUUGGCAAAGACAUGCGGAAGAGUACAGGAUGCCUGAAGGCCAGGGAGAGAGAACUGGCGACGUGGGACUCGGAGAAGGGCCUGAAUGGCAGCCUGCAGGAGAGGCCCAUGGGCAGUCGCCUCCAAGGACUGACUCUCAAAGUGGUGACUGUCUUGGAAGAGCCUUUUGUGAUGGUGGCUGAGAACAUCCUUGGACAGCCCAAGCGCUACAAAGGGUUCUCCAUCGAUGUCCUGGAUGCACUGGGCAAGGCUCUGGGCUUCAAAUAUGAGAUUUACCAGGCCCCCGAUGGCAGGUACGGUCACCAGCUCCAUAACACCUCCUGGAACGGGAUGAUCGGGGAGCUCAUCAGCAAGAGAGCGGACCUAGCCAUCUCCGCCAUCACCAUCACCCCAGAGAGGGAGAGUGUGGUGGACUUCAGCAAGCGGUACAUGGACUACUCGGUGGGGAUCCUCAUCAAGAAGCCGGAGGAGAAAAUCAGCAUCUUCUCCCUUUUUGCUCCUUUUGAUUUUGCCGUGUGGGCCUGCAUUGCAGCAGCCAUCCCUGUGGUUGGCGUGCUGAUAUUUGUGUUGAACCGGAUACAGGCCGUGAGGGCUCAGAGUGCUGCCCAGCCCAGGCCAUCUGCUUCUGCCACCUUAAACAGUGCCAUCUGGAUCGUCUACGGAGCCUUCGUACAGCAAGGUGGUGAAUCCUCAGCGAACUCCAUGGCCAUGCGAAUCGUGAUGGGCAGCUGGUGGCUCUUCACCCUCAUUGUGUGCUCCUCCUACACAGCCAAUCUUGCUGCCUUCCUCACAGUGUCCAGGAUGGAUAACCCCAUAAGGACGUUCCAGGACCUGUCCAAACAAGUGGAGAUGUCUUACGGCACCGUCCGGGAUUCUGCUGUGUACGAGUACUUCCGAGCCAAGGGCACCAACCCUCUAGAGCAAGACAGCACAUUUGCUGAGCUCUGGCGGACCAUCAGCAAGAAUGGAGGGGCUGACAACUGCGUGUCCAGCCCUUCAGAAGGCAUCAGGAAGGCAAAGAAGGGGAACUACGCCUUUCUGUGGGAUGUGGCCGUGGUGGAGUACGCAGCCCUGACAGAUGACGACUGCUCCGUGACUGUCACUGGCAACAGCGUUAGCAGCAAGGGCUAUGGGAUCGCCCUGCAGCACGGCAGCCCCUACAGGGACCUCUUCUCUCAGAGGAUCCUGGAGCUUCAGGACACUGGGGACCUGGAUGUGCUCAAGCAGAAGUGGUGGCCACACACGGGCCGCUGCGACCUUACCAGCCAUGCCAGCGCCCAGGCGGAUGGCAAGUCCCUCAAGCUGCACAGUUUCGCCGGGGUCUUCUGCAUCUUGGCCAUUGGCCUCCUCCUCGCCUGCCUGGUGGCCGCCCUGGAGUUGUGGUGGAACAGCAACCGGUGCCACCAGGAGACCCCCAAAGAGGACAAAGAAGUGAAUCUGGAGCAGGUCCAUCGGCGCAUGAACAGUCUAAUGGAUGAAGACAUUGCUCACAAGCAGAUUUCCCCAGCGUCCAUUGAGCUCUCGGCCCUGGAGAUGGGGGGCCUGGCUCCCAGCCAGGCCUUGGAGCCGGCGCGGGAGUAUCAGAACACGCAGCUCUCGGUCAGCACCUUCUUGCCGGAGCAAAGCAGCCACGGCACCAGCCGGACACUCUCGUCAGGGCCCAGCAGCAACCUGCCUCUGCCACUGAGCAGUUCGGCCACCAUGCCCUCCAUGCAGUGCAAACACAGGUCGCCCAACGGGGGGCUGUUCCGCCAGAGCCCCGUGAAGACCCCCAUCCCCAUGUCCUUCCAGCCCGUGCCUGGAGGCGUCCUUCCGGAGGCCUUGGACACCUCCCACGGCACCUCCAUCUGAUCGCGCCGCCUGCCCUCCUGCCCACCCAUCCACCCACCCGACCAGCAGAGCUUUUUAAUACCAGAAAACAACAUAAACCACACACACACGUGCACACACACACACAGACUCUUUCAUUUUUCUUGUAUAUAUGUGUAAAUAAUGACAGAAUGGAGUGGGGUAAAAGUGUAUUUUGAAUAUUCCCAAUUUUCGAAGUCAGUAAAAAAAAAAAACCACAAAAACUGUAUGAAUGACUUUGUAAAUUUUGUUCUAUAUGAAUAAAAAGGCAAAUUACUUGUGAUCAUUCUGAAGUGCCAAAGAAGCCCCCUGUUCCUGGGCCUUUCUGAGAGCGAGGGCAGGAGGAGCGAUCAGUUAAGGACGUCCCCUGCUGGCGGAGAGAGGAAGGUAAGCAGCCGGUCCCUUUAGAGGAGCCCCAAUUGCUGCUUGCUGCCCUGUCCCAUGGUUUCCUGCCAUGUUCCUCCACUCCUGGCCCUUGGUUCCCCUUAGUCCUCUCGGGUAGAUAAAAGGUGAGCCUCAAGUCAGUGCUGGUCUGACCCCUGGGUCCCUGUGCUGUAGGGUGAUCAACUGUGCCAGUCAGCCUGGGACUGAGGAGGCUCCCGGGACACAGGACAGUCCUGUUGGUCACCCCACUGCAUGUCACGGUGUGCUGUGGACCCAGGAGAAGCACCCAGGCCAAUGCAACUGACUCUGACGGCCCUGAGGCCGACAUGCUCUAGGGUUAUCCUGUUGGCCUUGUUUUUUACUUUCUUUUCCUAAUUGGAAGAAUCAACAAGUGAUGGAAUCUGGGAGAAGGAGGGUAGGCCCCAUCAUCUCCUCUGGAGACUGGGCAGAGGUGGGCUUGGCCUUGUCUGUGGGGAUAGGGAGA